AUGUCCGAAUACUCGUCGGUCGUGGACGGCAUUUCAAAUGCCGACGCCUCGUACGGAACCGACACCGAAACGAUUCCGGACUCGAUUCCGGAGGCGCCGGUGCGUGAGCCGCCCGUGCCUGCCGGCGAUCGUGUGCAACACUUUAUGCCAUAUCCUCUGCGCGCGCCACAUCAUCACCUUCAAUUGAACCCCCCGAACAACGCGGCGGAGAACGGGGAAGAGGAAGAGGAAGAGGACGAGGAGGAGAAGCAGAGAAAACGGCUCGAGGCGGAGGCGAACCGAACUCCGGAAGUGCUGGCGGCGCUGGAAGCACUCGCGCGGCCAGGCGAGGGUCCGGCACCCGCGCCGAAGAAGGAGAUCUCGACGGAGAACAAGUCGGCGGAGGAGAUUGUGCGCGAGGUGGCCGACAAUGUGCACGCGUGUCGCGUCUGCUGGGAGGACUUUCACUUUCCGAAGAACCAGGCACGAUUGCUCGGCUGCGGACACUCGUUCUGCACGAGAUGCGUCGUCAACUGCUCGAGACCGUCACUCCACUCCGCGCGCGAUCAUGUCAACGGGAUCAGGUGUCCAGAGUGUCGGAAGGUGUGCAAACAGGCGCCCGCCAGUCUACCCAUCAACUUUCAGCUCAUGCGUUCGUUUUUUUUCUUCCAUGACACUGCUUCCUAGUAGGAUUUUUUGAACCUAUUAUAGGGGCACCGCGCAAAAAUGGCGCUCUGUUGAGAAACUCCUUUUGCAGUGCAAAUUGAGUGAGCUCGGGGCCGAGUUUGAAAAGUUAGGCCACGUUUUCAGUGGAAAAUUACUUCGCGGCCUAGAAAUUCGGCCAGAUUGCGAACAGCGCGCCCUUUCUGUCCGGUGCCCCUAUAAUAGUGUCGUUUGAUUAUUAUUGGGGCACCGGACAGAAUCUGGCCGAAUUUCUAGGCCGCAAAGUAAUUUUCCACUGAAAACGUGGCCCCGCGGUCGCUCAAUUUGCAAAACGAGUUUCUCAACGGAGCGCCAUUUCUGUGCGGUUCCCCCUAUAUUAAAAUGAGUGUUUUGUUUUAUGGGGCUAUUCAGGCUGUGAAAAAAAUGAUUGUUUACCGUUUUUUUUUUUCGUUUUUUUACGUCAAAAAAUCCAAUUCAGCGAUGUAAAAAAACGAAAAAAAACGGGGAAAAAAAACAUACGCUGAAUAGCCCCAUUAGCUUUACAAUUACAGAUUUGUUACCAUUUUUAAUUUCAGAACUGCUGACCGCGCUGAGCCUCGUCAAACCGGCAAAUGCAGAACAAGACGCCGAGAUGCCGAAUUACGAAAAUUUUGAAAGAUUGGGAAAUUUGCUGCCGAGCGAUCAACUUUCGGAGCUUUCGCUCGACGAGUUGUAUGGUAAGCGCCGGUUUUGCGAAAUUGGUUUAGUUCAAAAACAUUGCAGAGUAUUCAAAAGUGCUGUUCAACGCGAUCCGACUGAAAAGUAUGCACGAACACUCGAAAAUGGCCGAAGGAGACAUUUGUCAGCAUGGAGGUAACCGUCUAGAAACGUCUUGAUUACCAUCCAUUCGCGUUUCAGUGGAAAACGAAGUGAUGAAGCUGGACGAUAUGGAACGAACACUCGAGCGAUUCAUCAAGAACAUGAGAAGUCUGUGUCUGGGCACCGCGCCGCGCGAGUCGUUCCCCUUUUUUCCGUUCAGAAAUCUGUGGGAACGCGAUCAACAUUUUACGGACGCCGAUUGGAUGAGAGUAAGUUUUUUUCGUACCAGGCCUUUGCUAGUCUGGUUAGGGCACGCGACCAAAAACGUAGAAAGGGGCGUGGGGCCUAGCGGGCACGAUUUAUCACCAUUUUGGCGCGAAAUUCGAAAUUUAACCCCAUUUUUCAUGUUUUUCGUCGAAAAUUACCCAAAUUUUGUAUGGGUUUCGACGAUGUAAUUGCAUAACUUUGUUAAACGUUAAUCAUCGCGCACUUUUUGAGCUUAAAACGAGCAGGUUUCAUUCAGAAAUGAAUCAAUUGAAUCGAUUUUCAAGUUUUGUGCUGAAAAUGCGCGAAUUUCAGUCAUUCGCCGAUACUUUUUGCCGUUUGAACGCUUAAAAUACUUGUAUUAACGUGCUUAAUCACUUCCAACACUCAUUUCGUCUCAAAACUAUCCAGAUCGGCCGGUAUGAAAAUUCCGAAAUUGCGGCGGCGAUUGGCCGCACGUGUGUUCAUUCAGAACUCCCGCCAUAAAAAUUUGAAUUUAUUUUCGAAGGGCGCUACGCACCGAUUCAAAAUUUUCGUUUGCCGCCUUUACGCCGGCGUACGCCCAUUGGCUGCGUGUCGCCCCUGUGCAAACACCGUUCUAGAUAUUUUGCGUACUUGGCACCAGAUACUACGCAAAUUUUAGGCCAGCUGUUUAUUUAUUCAAAUUAGAGAGUGCGAGAUUGAAGAGACGCCGACGAUGUUCGGUAGGGCGCGCUUGCAUGCGCGUAACAGUUCGAACGCUCGUGUGGCCGCAGAGGGCGUAUUGCGAAAUAUGCCAAAAACGUCUCAAACACGACGUUUUCAGGAAAAUUUCGAUUUUUUCUCUCUUUAAUGUCUCUUCUUUCGUCGAUAUCAGACACAAAAAUAUCGAAAAAGUGCUGGAAUUGCGGCAAUUUUCAGAAAACGCGUCUCAAAUUAGGCCACGCCCCCCUUUCUACACUUUUGGUCCCGCCGUGACUCUUCCUUUUCGACACUGUUCAAAUUAUGCAGUCACGGGGGAACAUGUUACACGAGAGCGGGUUCCAACUUUUUGGAUAAUUUGUAAAACCUACAAACAUCUAUAUUUCAGGAGAUGGUCGUGUUCCGUCAGCACCAACCGCCGCGCGCCGACCCUCGCUCCGAAGUGUACAGUAUGCUGAACGCCCAAGCGCUACGAGAAGCGGCGGCGGGCCAACAAGCGGAUCCGCUGCGAAACCUGAACACUUUCCGCGAGGCGCACCUCCGCAGGGAACGCCUGAUGGCGUUUCAGCGAGAGACCGCCCGUCGCAACGAGACGCUCAUCGGACACCUUCUGCAGGGCAGCGAGUCGGAGCGACUUCGGACCCGAUACCAGGAACUCGUGCGGAUGGAACGGGUCGGCGUGCGGUUGCGGCCGCAGGAGGUGGCCGAUCUGGCCGCGUUGCGCGAGUUCCACGAGGGAAUCGAGUCGGAGCAGAGAAGAGUUCGCGAGGAGUUGACGAUGGCACACUUGCACUUGUACGAUCGGCCCGUCAUUCCGAGAAUUCAGGACGACGACGAGCUGAGCACCGAUUCGGGUACGUGUUUUUAAUUGAAGUCAUCAACUGUGCCUCGUUCCAGACGACUCCUCAUUCACCGAAGAGGUCGAAGUGCGUCCGCAGGAGGCGCCCGUCCAAAUGACGCUCGGCGAAGCGGCGACAAUGGUCAAAAUGGUCGGACUCGUCACUUCGGGCGCCCGCCGCACCGAAUCGCGCGCCUGGAUCCUGCCGAACAACCGUCAGGACGUGGAGCAAGUGAUCGGGGACCUUCUGCCAGAGCACCAAGACCCGACGGCGCCGACCGACUACCGGCAGAACUCGGAGGUGCGUCGUUUCGCGCACGCCAACCGCGUCGACUCUGAUCAGUUCCUCGAGAUCCUUCGCGAUCACUGCACCAAGUACGCGGCGUCGUUGGUCGAAGCGCCGCGGCUCGUGAGAAGUCGUCGGCAACGGCCGGUGCCGUCGGAUCCCUUCCAGGCGCUCUUGUCGGUCAUUCGAAAGCGCGCGAAACAGGCGUUGCGUGGACACACUCUGCCGGCGCCGAUCGACUUGGAGGAGAACAAUCUGACGAUGCGGCUCGUGAUCAACGUGGCGACGUCGUUGGGCGUCCGCGAUUGUCUCAAAGACUUUUUGAAUCCUCCCGCCGACACUCCGGCCGUCGGGGCGGCUCCAGAAGCGGCCGGUCCAUCGGGCGCGGUGGUUGAAAGAGAAGGAGGAGGAGGAGGAGAAGAAGAAGAAGAAGAAGACGACGACGAAGAAUCGCUUGACGAUGAGGAAGAGUUCGAGCCAUCCGGCACCGAGUCCGACGAAAACGAGGACGAUGAGAAUUCGGUGUGGUACCGUUUGAACGACGACGGUCGGACCAUGUUCUGCACGUUGUGUCGAUGCCAGUUCCCGAGGUACGCACGACAAGACCAUUCGAGCGAUUUGCGACAUGUGUACGUUGAUUUUUUACUUUUUUUUUACUGUUUCACGAAACUAUUGAUUUUUUGUGUAUCGAAGAAGAAGCACUACAAAAGUUCUGUAUGAUAAUUGAAUUUUCUCUCGAAUUUUUACCUCAUUUUUUUCAGCGCCCGUGCGCUCAGUGCGUCAGUCGGAUUGGUCGAAUGA